AUGGCUUCGAAGCAAAUUUUGGAGAGUUUAACCAAGGAGAUAAUUUGUCACAUCUGUCAGGAUUUCUUCACCGAUCCGGUCAUAGUUGAGUGUGGGCACAACUUCUGUCGCCAAUGUAUCACACAGUGUUGGGAAAGGGACGAGACAAUCUCCUGCCAGAAUUGUGGCGCGGAGAUUUCAGACCGCGUGCUCAGGGUAAAUCGAGCCUUAGGAAGUCUGGCUGAGAAAGGUCGAGAAUUAAAACUGAUCCUGAAACAGGAGGAAGCGAAACCUCACUGCGAUGAACAUCGAGAAGAACUGAAGCUGUUUUGUGCAACUGAUAAGAAACUGAUCUGCGUGAUUUGUGCGACUUCGCGGGAACACAGGGAGCACCGCUUCCUGCCGAUUGAAGAAGCCGUUCAAAUCUACAAGAAUCUGAUUAGGUUUUCCCUGGAAUCUCUCACAAACAAGAGGUCGGACAUCGAGGAAAUGGAGAGACAGCAAAUGCAAAAGAUUUCUGAAGUUCAGGAGCAGUCACACAGUCUGACGAUCCACAUCGAAUCGCUAUUUGAUGACUUGCGCCAGAUACUCAAUGAGAAAGAACAGCGCUUACUCAGGGAUCUCAGGGAAGAAGAGGAGAGAAUUCUAAAUCCAAUGAAGAUGAAUCUUCGAGAGAUUCAAAGCAAUUUAACUUCUAUUCAGGAGAAACUUUCAAAACUACAGGAACGGAUAGAACAGCGAGAUUGCCUGAUAUUUCUGAAGGAGGAAGCUUCUCGGAAGAGAAGGUUCAGUGAGGAAGACCAUGAAUUAUCAGUUAUGGAUUGUGCCCUGGCAGUUAAAAAUUUCGAUCACGCAAGUUUGUUGAAAGCCAUACUGAAUGAAGAAUUCAAUUGUAUCACACAAGUCUCUGUAACCCUGGAUGUGGAAUCAGCGGGUCCGGGACUCCAAGUGUCUGAGGAUGGGAAGAGUGUGAAAUGGAGCCGGAACUCAUGCAUACGCCCGGACACCUGCAAGAGGUUUAAUGUCCAGUCUUGUGUGCUGGGAUCGGAGGGAUUCACAUCGGGGAGAUAUUACUGGGAGGUGGAUGUGGGGAAGAAUCGGCGCUGGGGUCUGGGAGUCGCCGCAGAGUCUGUGGAGAGGAAGCAACGUGCGAUACUGACUACGGAGGCUGGUGUAUGGACUAUCGGGCGGAUGGAUAACAGGCUUUUUGCAAACACUUCAAUUCGAUUAUAUUUGCCUUUCAAAACCAUCCCACAGAAGGUGGGAGUCUUUCUCAAUUAUGAGUUCGGGACAGUUUCAUUUUACAGUGUGGACAACAAGUCCCAUAUAUACUCCUUCAGUGGGAAUAACUUCACUGAGAAACUUUAUCCUUUCUUCCGGACUGUCGACCCACGCUGUCUGAGAAUCUGCUCCGGUUGCGCUCUGGAUCUGGAAAAAGAGUCGGGUCCCGGGGUUGCUGCGUCAGGAGCGGAGCUCGGGGGCUGUGGCGCAGAAACCCCGUUGACAACAGGUUGACUCCCGUGUAACCCCUGAUUUCAGUAUUGUAAAUCAGCUUGCAAAUAAAACAAUCGAAGAG